AUGACCGAUGUUGGUCGAGCGUUGAAGUCAAGGAAGUUGAAGCCGUGUUUUAUUUGUCCGUUUCAGAUUAUGGAAAGAGUGGGAGAAGUAGCUUAUCGUAUUGUGUUACCGUUGAUGCUUGCGUACUUGCACGAUGUGUUUCAUGUGUCUCAGUUGAGGAAAUACAUUGUGGAUCCGUCUAUUGUGAUCCAAGUGGAUGAUGUGCAGGUGAAAGAUAAUAUGAUAGUUGAGACAUUACCUAUGAGGAUCGAAGAUCGGAAGUUGAAACAACUGCGAGUGCAUUUAUAUGCGUUGAUGGAUGUUUUGAUGUGGGGUGAGGCCCUUGGAAGGGGAGAGUUGUCUUAG